GCGAUAUAUCUCGUAUCGGUGCCACGAAUCUCGCAUGACGCGACCCGACGAUAUCGGAUACUUUCACUUCGCUACGUUCAGGCAUGCUCGCUCGGACACGGCGAGAGACCGCACUGGUGGACCGCACGACAAGGGAACGACGGGCUCGCUUGAAGGAUUGUUCGACAAUUUUGCGCAUCUCGUCCGACAAAGUUCCCGAAUGCGGACGUGUGUCUUCGGAGAAGUGACGACGAGCAAUCUGGAGGUCUGUGUGCGCGUGUCGCUAGUGGCAAAGAUCUACCGACGAAUUCGCUCAUCCCUUCCGUCGUCGUGAGUGCUUUGCAUCGCCGUUGCCGCAGUAGCGUGAACCGCUGGUGUUGAACGAGGACACGCGAGAACGAUUUUCUCGCCGAAAAUAAGAAAGAUUUUCGUUUCUGGUGGUGCGGUGCGGCGUAUUUGUUUCUUUUUGCAAAACACAAGAUUAUAUAGGUUCUUCCUGCUGUCCGAGAAGCUUUUGCCGGCCGAUUAAAUGUGUCAGUAUGGAAAAUCAAACAAUGGACCAAUUCUGCGGCACCAAAUUUUGGGAUGCUAACUUAACAUGGCACACAAACGAUCCAGAUCUAACAGAAUGCUUCCAAAAAACAAUAUUAAUAUGGACACCAUGUGCAUUUUUAUGGGUGUUCUCCGCCAUGGAAGCGUACUACCUUUUAAAUAGUAAAAGGAGAAAUGUCCCGUACACAUGGUUGUUUUUUUCCAAGCUAGUACUUACUGUAGGAUUAAUUAUACUUUCUAUAAUUGACAUAGGAGUGGCUAUAUACGCAAGUACUCAUCGUACGGUUUACAGUGUUGAUUAUUAUACACCCUUUAUAAAAAUCGUUACCUUCGUGUUAGCAUCUAUCUUAAUGAUAUAUAAUAGGAAACAGGGAAUGCAGACAUCAGGGUUAUUAUUUCUAUUUUGGUUUUUUCUUGCAUUAUGUGGAUGUGUUCAAUACAGGAGUUGUAUAAACGACCUCAUUAAAAGGGUAGAGCCUACGUACGCACUAGUAUCCUAUAUGAUCUACUAUUCAAUAGUAAUAAUAUUGUUUAUACUUAAUUUUUUGGCUGAUGCAGAGCCUCAAUUCUCCGAAUAUCCUACGGUCGAAUUACCAUGUCCAGAGCAAGGCUCUUCCUUUCCAUCGAGAAUUGUUUUUUCAUGGUUCAAUUCUUUAGCGUGGAAAGGAUUCCGAAAACCUCUUGAAACAUCCGAUCUAUGGUCUAUGAAUCCGGAGGACAUGGCCUCGGAGAUUGUGCCGAAAUUCGAUAAAUAUUGGAAUCAAAACUUGAAGAAAACAGACGAAGUAGAAAGCACAAAAGCGUCAUUCCGUAAAGCAACUGGACAAGUAGAUCUUAACAAUAGUCAAAAAAAGAAGAUUGCCUCUAUUCUACCACCAAUUUGCAAAGCUUUUGGAGCAACAUUUAUGUUUGGCGCGUUUUUAAAACUGAUUCAGGAUAUUUUGACCUUUGUUAGUCCACAAAUAUUAAAACUUCUGAUUGACUUUAUCAAAGAAGGAGAGGAAAUGUGGAAAGGAUACUUCUAUUCCGUACUACUUUUAGUUACAGCAAUAAUUCAAACACUAGUGCUAUCCCAAUAUUUUCAUCGUAUGUUCUUAGUUGGAUUACGCAUACGUACUGCCCUAAUUGCGGCGAUUUACCGUAAAGCAUUGAGGAUGUCGAAUUCUGCCAGAAAAGAAUCCACUCUCGGUGAAAUUGUAAACUUAAUGUCCGUCGACGCUCAACGAUUUAUGGACUUAACCGCGUACAUAAACAUGAUCUGGUCGGCUCCAUUACAAAUAGCCUUAGCCUUGUAUUUUCUGUGGGAUAUAUUAGGACCAGCGGUACUUUCUGGAUUAGCAGUCAUGAUCAUUCUUAUUCCCGUGAACGGUUUAAUCGCGAACAAAAUAAAAACGUUACAAAUCAGACAGAUGAAAAGCAAAGACGAGAGAGUGAAGUUGAUGAACGAGGUACUUAAUGGUAUCAAAGUGUUGAAGUUGUAUGCUUGGGAGCCUUCGUUUGAGCAGCAGAUACUUAAAAUACGUGUAAAAGAGAUUCAAGUACUGAAAGAAGCGGCAUAUUUGAAUGCCGGCACGAGCUUUAUAUGGUCGUGCGCACCAUUUUUGGUGUCGUUGGUAUCGUUUACUACUUACGUACUUAUAGAUGAAAAUAACGUCCUAGACAGUACAACUGCCUUUGUUUCGCUCAGUUUAUUCAACAUCUUAAGAUUUCCACUCUCUAUGCUACCCAUGAUGAUUGGUAACAUAGUUCAAGCUUACGUUUCCGUAAAACGUAUUAAUAAAUUUAUGAAUAUGGAAGAACUGGAUCCUAAUAAUGUACAGCACGAUCCAUCAGAAGCGCACGCGUUAGUAAUUGAGAAUGGUAGCUUCUGUUGGGACAAUGAACACAUCGAGAGACCAAUACUACGAAAUAUCAAUUUCCAUGUAGAACAAGGUCAAUUAGUAGCAAUAGUUGGUACAGUAGGAUCAGGCAAGAGUUCCCUGUUAUCUGCUCUGCUUGGUGAGAUGGAUAAAGUAAAUGGAAGAGUAAAUACAAAAGGUUCAAUCGCAUAUGUCUCGCAACAACCGUGGAUACAAAACGCCACGUUACAAGACAACGUUCUAUUCGGAAAGGCUUUGAAUAAAUCAGUGUACAAUCGUGUUAUUGAAGCAUGUGCAUUGAGUCCGGAUCUCAAAAUGCUACCCGCGGGUGACCAAACAGAAAUCGGAGAGAAAGGCAUAAAUUUAUCUGGCGGUCAGAAGCAAAGAGUAGCUCUAGCUAGAGCAGUAUAUAACGAUUCUGAAAAUUACUUCUUGGAUGAUCCUUUGAGCGCGGUGGACUCGCAUGUGGGAAAACACAUUUUUGAGAACGUAAUAGGCCCAAACGGCCUGUUGAAGAAAAAAACAAGAAUGCUCGUUACGCAUGGCAUCACGUAUUUGCCUGAAGUCGAUAACAUUAUUGUUCUUAAAGAAGGCGAAAUAACGGAGAUCGGAACUUACAAGCAAUUGUUGGAAAAAAAAGGCGCUUUCGCCGACUUUUUGGUGCAACAUUUACAAGAAGUUGGAAAUCUGCCCGUUGAUGAGGGUUCCGAAGCUGAUUUACGUGAAAUUAAACAGCAGCUUGAAUCAACAAUCGGAGCGGACGAGUUGCAACAAAAGUUAACCCGAGCCUGGUCCAGAAUAUCCGAAAGUGAAUCCGGUUCUAUGGUUGACAGAAAAUCGCUUAAUGGUUCUCUUAAAAGGCAAUAUUCGACAGAAAGUCAACAGUCGGCGAAUUACAUGCACAGCAAUAGCAUGAAGGAGAAAGAAGUACCUAAAGCAAACAAUGUCGGAGAAAAACUGAUAGAAGUCGAGAAAACUGAAACCGGCAGUGUAAAAUGGCAAGUGUACUCUCAUUACUUAAAAUCCAUUGGAUGGUUUUUAUCGAUAUCGACGAUCGUGAUGAACGCAGUCUUCCAAUCGUUCAGCAUUGGUUCGAGCGUAUGGUUGAGCGUUUGGUCGGACGACAAACUAACUGUAGUGAAUAGUACAGUUGAUACGGCGAAACGAGACAUGUAUCUUGGAGUAUAUGGUGCCCUCGGUUUGGGUCAAGCUCUUUUUGUAAUGCUGUCACAGACAGUGUUGGUUAUCGGCUCUGUGCGAAGCAGCAUACUGCUGCAUUUGGAAUUAUUAUUUGGCAUACUGCGAUCGCCUUUAGGAUUCUUUGACACUACACCGUCUGGCAGAAUAUUAAACCGUUUCGGAAAGGACAUUGACAUAAUAGACAACGUUUUACCUCCUACUAUUAGGGCUUGGUUAUUUUGUCUAGCAUCGGUCAUAGCUACUCUAGUUGUUAUAAGCUACAGUGCACCUGAAUUUGCCUUGGUGAUACCGCCAAUAGGCGCAAUUUACUAUUUUAUUCAACGUUUUUAUGUCGCAACAUCACGUCAAUUAAAACGAUUAGAAUCAGUAUCGAGAUCGCCUAUAUAUUCUCAUUUUGGUGAAUCGGUGACCGGCGCUCAAAUAAUUAGGGCGUACGGUGUACAAAACCAGUUUAUUCAAGAGUCUGAAAACAGAGUAGAUUUCAAUCAAGUGUGUUAUUAUCCCAGUAUUAUUGCGAACAGAUGGCUGGCUGUGAGAUUGGAGAUGGUCGGAAACCUGAUUAUAUUCUUUGCGGCAUUGUUCGCUGUAUUAGGUAGAGAUACUAUGAGUCCAGGACUUGUUGGUCUAUCGGUCAGCUAUGCCUUACAAAUUACCCAAACUUUGAACUGGUUGGUACGUAUGACAUCUGACGUCGAGACUAAUAUUGUCGCAGUAGAAAGAAUAAAAGAGUAUGGAGAAACCACACAAGAAGCACCGUGGAAAAAUCCGGAAUAUACACCUCCAAAAGAAUGGCCUAUGCAUGGUCGAGUCGAUUUCAAAGAUUUCAAAGUUCGCUAUAGGGAGGGAUUGGAUCUUGUAUUGAAUGGUUUGACGUUCAGCGUUCUCGGCGGUGAGAAAAUUGGAAUAGUAGGCAGAACCGGCGCCGGAAAAUCAUCUUUGACGCUAGCGCUCUUUAGAAUAAUCGAGGCGGCAUACGGGAAAAUCCUUAUUGACGAUGUAGAUAUCUCGAAACUGGGUCUUCAUGAUUUGCGCUCGAGAUUAACGAUCAUUCCGCAGGAUCCAGUAUUGUUUUCCGGUACACUACGAUUGAAUUUAGAUCCUUUUGAUUCUUAUUCCGAUGAGGAAGUCUGGCGAGCGCUUGAGCACGCUCAUCUCAAAUCAUUUGUAAAAAACUUGCCAAAUGGUCUUUUACAUGAAGUUACCGAAGGUGGAGAGAAUUUAAGCGUCGGACAGCGACAAUUAAUCUGCUUAGCGAGAGCACUACUCAGGAAAACGAAAGUUCUCAUACUGGAUGAAGCAACGGCUGCAGUUGACUUGGAAACGGAUGACUUGAUUCAAACCACUAUUCGCCAAGAAUUUAAGGAUUGUACGGUUCUCACGAUAGCGCAUAGACUCAACACUAUUCUAGAUUCAGACAGGGUAAUUGUAUUAGAUAAAGGUCUGAUUGUCGAAUACAAUUCUCCAGAGGCGCUACUUCACAAUCCAUCUAGCUCUUUCUACAGUAUGGCUAAAGAUGCUGGUUUAGUUGCUUAAAUAAACCAAAAACUAAAUGCAUAUCAAGUUUUUAACAGCUGUGUACCAUCCGUGAGUCAAUGUUAAAGGAAGUAACACAUUCAGAAAGCCACAAAGUAUGAACAACGUGUAGUUUUUAGUACAUAUAUAAAUUUAUAUAGUAAAAUAUUUCUAUACAGAACAAAGCGAACGUUUGACAUAAUCGAUGAUGUGCAAAGAAGGAAGUACUCACUAGAAUUGUUUACCAGAUCUUUUCCUGCGACAAAAAAUUAUUAUUAUUAAAAAUUGUUAUUAUUCUUCCCGAAAGAUUGCACCGUUGAUUAUCACAAACUACUCAUAUGUAGAAUAAGAUUUGUAGUAAAGUUUUUCAUUACAUAAAAAAAAUAAUACAACAUCAUCUCAUUUCUAAAAUAGUAAGAUACCUAAUCAAGGAAUCGAUUGUGUAUCUCUGUCGAAUGUUCUCAUUCCACUUUUAUCUCACAUGAAAAAAUACGCGCGAUUGGCUCAUAAUCAAAGUAAAAAUGCGAUAUACCUAUGCUCACCGGAGCUGAACAUAAAAUAUUGCGCAUGCGAAUAAGGAAUAAAUCAGAAAUGAUGCAUAAUAUACACAAAACACAAAUAUAAUCUUUGUUUUUUACGGACAGAAAUAGAAAGUGUAAAACAAAAACUUAUAAAAUUGUAAAAACAUAAUGAACGUAAUCGAGAAACAAAAAUAACCGCUUUAUGCAAGAUAAUCUCAAUUUUGUUUAGAGAUGUUUACGAUAUAAUAGCAAAAAUGAACGAAAAAUAAAUAAAUGUAUUAUUUGGGAUAUCAAAUAGGUCUUGGGGAGGGAUAUCUUUUACUAUUUUUCUUUAUGUAGUAAAUUAUCUUUUGAUGGCUUUUAUUGGUCUCAUUUUCGCCUUCAUUUUUUUUUUUUUUUUUAUUAAACACAUGAGAAUGUAAUCCAUUGCUCCUUGAAACAAUUACUGUUCGAUAUAUCAAGAAUUUCAACUCGCUUAGAUACAAUUCGACAAAUUUUCUUAUCGAGCAAUCUCACGUAAAAAAUAUCGCAUUUUUACCAUGAUGAAAAUUACUUAAUCAAACGACAGUGAAGUCACUUUUGUGAUUUUUACUAGAUUGCGCGAUAUACAAUCGACUCCCAGAAAGAAAGUCGUUACUUAACCAGGAAAUAAUCAGGUGAUUUCCUUAUACAAUAGAUAUAAUAGAUACUUAAAGUAAUAAUAAUACAUUUUUAAUUACAUUUGUCCUUUAUAAAGCGAUAUAUACUCUCGCAACUUUCAAUACAACAUGUUUGCUUUAUUUAUUUUUGCUUAAGGAUCGACUACUCCUCGUCGGCCAUAUAAUUUUCAUGACGUCAGGACAGCGAUCACAUAACUUUUCACAUGAACUUUUUUUGCCAUCGUACUUGCUAAUAUUUUUAAAAUAUUCAGCUAAAGAAAUUUUGACCUGACUAAACAUUUGUGGUUAAAAUUUUGCCUAUUUUAAUAGUUACAAUAAAUAACGUAAAAAAAAAUCAAAUUAUUACUUCUCAAAUAUUGAUAUAUAAUGUGUAAAUACAGCAAUUGAUAAAAGUUCGUGUUCACAGAUUAAAAGUCAAUAAGAAAACCGGAAAACUAAAAAAAAAAAAAAAACAGAUCUUAAGAGAUUGUUA